GGCCAAACCUACAACAAUUUUCUGAGGCUUAACGCUGUCGUUUCGUUUCGAAGGACCUACAACAUUGCACAUCUAUUUAUGUGCUAGGGUUCGUAUUGCAAGAGGUUCUCUAUUCUCGAUUCCACCGCGACGAAGUCUUCUGAAUCUUCAAGUCUAUGGAGGAUCAGGACCGUAAAGAGCUGGAUUUGGAAGUGGCGCGUUUGACGGAUACGUACAUGAUGAGAGAGGAGGUGCUGGAUUGGGAAGAGGCGCGUAGAGCUGGACCAUUCUCCGACGAUGAUGAGGAUGGGGCCCGCACGGCCUUGUACCUGCAUCGCGUCGGGGAAGCUUACAGCAAAUCUUUGAAGAAGAAAGCUUUGAAGGAGCGAAAACUUAAGCAGCAGUUGAAGAAGAAAAACUGCGAGCCAAACAAACAAGGCAGAGAGCCCGAGGAUGAUGAUGAUGAUUAUGCGGACCUUAUCAAAGUGGGGGAUGAUAAGAGGAAGCACAUGGAUUUUGCAAAGGUCAAUAAAUGCUUAUGUACUACUGGUGGAAUGAGCAUCGGAAUGAUUAGGAACUUGCACAUUCCGGAGGAUACAUCAAAACAUCUUGAUGUCAAUGCUGCUGAGCAUGACCCUGAGUCUAUGCAUGAAGAUCCUCUCCCUGAUAUCCAUAUGAAUGAAAAAGUCUAUGCCAUUAAGCAUCCAGGAUUUGGAGUUCAAGCGGCUUAAUGUUCAUGCUUGGGAAGCAUUUGUCAAUGGACCCACAAGAGGCAAGCAAGAUAAGAGAGGAAAUGUGCAAUGCUCUCAGUGAGAUAAGGGUCGGGGGAGGUGGUGACGGGAAGUAAGCGAUGCGUGUUGUAGCUUUUGAAUGUCACCCAAGAACAUCAGAUUUUGAUAAUUUGAAGAACUUCAGCUUCAUGAAAUCAGUGUUAUCUGUACUUCUUUCUUAUUUAUAAACCAAAUUUGUGGCUAAAAACAGUUUGCAUCUGGCUGAAUUUUGAGAAAAUUAUGCGAUAUUGAUCAUUUACACCAUAGGAUUUGCCCAGUAUACACAGUCUGCAGUUGAAAUCUAGGAAUAUUUUUACCCAGUCUCAACUUUUUACCCAUUCAUUUAACCUUCGAGUCCCCAAUAUACAUAUUUUGACAAUUCGCUGCUCCAUUUGAAUAAUUUCUAACUUCGACAAAUAAAAUUAAAGUUUCGAACUCAGAGGGAAGCAUUUAACU